AUCGUGUCAGCGCGCUUUUGACCAUGGAUCUGGCAAAUCUCUCUGCAUUACAAACCGAAGGGCGCAACCCUCGCACUGCACACAUCGAUGAGCUCUCCACGUACGACAUGUGUAAGGUCAUAAAUGAGGAGGAUGCCGGUGUUGCAAAGGCUGUAGAAGAAUGUUUGCCUAUAAUAGCGGAAGCAAUUAAUGCCAUGGCGCCUCGAGUGCGACAAGGUGGGCGAGUCAUAUACGUCGGCGCAGGCACCAGCGGAAGACUCGGCAUAUUAGAUGCAUCAGAAAUCCCUCCGACAUUUUCUGCACCACCAGCUCAAUUCAUCGGUCUCAUUGCCGGCGGCGAUGCUGCGAUACGACAUGCGCAAGAAGGAGCAGAAGAUAGUCCCGUACAUGGCAAGGCAGAUAUGAAAGCUCUCAACCUGAAUCCAGAUUUAGACACGUUGAUUGGCAUUGCAGCGUCAGGCAGGACCCCGUACGUAUUAGGGUGCCUUGCAUAUGCAAAAGCAGCGGGGUGUCCAACGGUCGGCGUAGCAUGCUGCUCGCCAUCAGCCAUGAGCAUGUCCGGAAAUGUAGACUACAUGAUAUCACCAUUGCCAGGGCCUGAGGUUGUCACAGGGAGCACGAGAUUAAAGGCCGGCACGGCGACAAAAAUGGUGUUGAACAUGCUGAGCACAGGAAUAAUGAUCAAGACUGGUAAGACAUAUGGUAAUUUGAUGAUUGAUGUAAAACGCUCAAAUUUCAAACUUGAGCAACGGUCUCGUAACUUACUCCGCGGUUUGAGCGACCGAUGCGCCAAUUUAUCAGAGGAAGAUCUCGAGAAGUUAAUCACAGAGGCUGAAGGCAGUGUUAAAAUUGCCUUUAUCAUGGCCGAAACUGGUAUGGCAGGAGAUACCUCCAAGCAUCUUCUUCGAGACUCUGGAGGGAUUGUAGCCUUUGCGCUGAAGAAGUGGAAAUCCGAGCAACAAAUACCUCUCGUCAAUGGCCAUCACAAAAAUGGAAACAAAGCAUCCUUAUCAGGACUCAUGCUAUGCAUCGACGGCGGCGCAAGCAAAUGUGCCGCAGUAAUAUCAGAUCACAGCGGCAUCCUCAGCCGUGGUGAAGCCGGACCGUGUAAUUUCAGCACUGAUCUCGGCCUCAAAGGCGUCAUCAAGCCAAUCUCAACAGCUGUCCAGCGAGCCUUGACAAAAAUGACUCAGACCAACAAAGACAGCUCUCGCGCGCCCCAACUUCCACCAUUUACUUGUUUCACGUCAGCCUGGAUCGGAUUAGCUGGAUGUGACCGACCAGAAGCCGCAGCCGUACUCAUGCCCGUGCUUCGCGAAAUGCUAGGUCUCGAGAACAAUGAAGACGGCGCCCCCGCCCUCAGCAUCACCAACGACGUGAAACUCCUUGCCGCAGGGAUCAAGAGCCACCCAGAGACAAACACGGGCGUCACCCUCAUCGCAGGCACAGGCAGCGUCGCCAUGAGUUGGAACAUCACGCCGAAAAUGGAGAUCCAGCAGCUCGGCCGAACAGGCGGAUGGGGACACAUUCUGGGCGACGAAGGAGCAGGGUUCCAUAUUGGUCGGCAGGGCAUCAAGUCCACAUUGACAGCCUGGGAGCAAGUCCAAUUAGGUCUGCCGCAUGCUGCACUCGGACCCAUGCACCGCGCUCUCCUGGAAACAUACGGUGUCUCGUCACAUUCAGGAGCAAUCAAUAAUCCGGAUAUUGACAUUCUCAGCGCGUUUCUUGGCACAGGGCAUGCAGAGGAUCCGGCCAAGAAUUUGAAAUCCCAUGUAGCUGCUGCUGCGCGCGUGGUGCUGGAUAUGGCGAGCGUCGAUCCGGCCGCGGCUGCAAUCCUGGCUCGAGCGUCUGACGAUCUCGCACAGCUGGUCAUCCCGCUUGCCCAACCCAGCCGCAUAGAUCCAGCGGUAUCGACUCUAGUCCUGGGAGGCGGGUUGUGGCGUAAUGAGGCGUACAAGUCGGCCGUGCUGAAGAGACUCGCUGACCAAGGUGUCAAGUUUAAACAUGUCGAAGUUGUCAACGAACCGGCCGUUGCUGGAGCUGCGUACCUCGCCCAAAUGCAAGAUGGGACAUGUCAAUAAUGUCAUAUUCGUAGACCUUCGUUAUUAUUAUAUUAUUAUCAUUAUUAUUGUGCCGAGAGUGUGUAUUUAACUGAUAUUGGGUUUAAUUCCUGAUGGCGCUGGUCCAAUGGUGGAGUUGGUUGUACCGUUUUCUAUUAUCAUUGUCAUUGUUAUUAUCAUUUUUUAUUAUUUCUAUUUCAAUUUCGAUAUCUCUUUCUAUUUUUAUUUUUUUUCUUUGGUGAUCAAACGGUCAGAUUUCCUUCAGUCCGUACCAAUUUACCUUAUCCUGAUCCUUUUUAUUUACCUUAUCCUCAUUAGUUUGCCUUGUCCUUAUCCUAAUCGAAUAAAGUAUUUGUAGAUAAAUACCCUAUACAGG